UGUCAUGGCUGACGUACCGAAAGUAGGGUCGAGAAGUCAACAUAGGAGGUUGCAGACAGGUUUUCAUGUUUUGCCUCCUCUGUGGGUUAAAUCAAACUGCCGAUAAACACUUUUAUAUUUAAUCAGGAUAUAGAAAAAUCAUGGAUUCGUCUGGGGAUAUGGAAGGCGUGAACUGGGGAAGUUUUGAAGGCUUUGAUAUGCUUGAGGCUGAAGAUGACAAUCUCGCACCCGAUACCAGUUCGGUAACUCGUGUUUAUUUGAACUGCGAUUCAAAUGAUAGUCAACGGGAAGAGCUAAGAUCAGGAGACAUGGAACCCACGGAUUUCUCAUCUGGUGCCAAAAUGUCACAGAACCAUCCCUCUUCAAAUGACGGAUAUAUCCAGCACACCAUAUCCGAGGACCAGAUACUGAUGCAAAUCAAUCCUGGGGAGAACCGCAUGCCCUCUAACCCAAGUCAUGCCACAAUCACCAUGGAAACCCGUGACCCUAAUACAAAGCUUCUAGAGGUUACAAGGUAUCAGUGUAACUACACAGGGUGUCCACGUACAUACAGUACUGCAGGAAACCUGAGGACUCAUCAGAAAACUCAUAAGGGUGAGUAUACCUUUGUCUGUAAUGAAGCUGCAUGUGGCAAGUCUUUCCUCACCUCCUACAGUCUCAAAAUCCAUGUACGAGUACACACAAAGGAAAAGCCGUACGAAUGUGAGCAGAGGGAAUGUCACAAGUCCUUCAACACCCUAUACAGACUGAGAGCACAUCAGAGGAUCCACUCUGGGAACACGUUUAACUGUGAAGAAGAUGGCUGCACAAAAUACUUCACUACACUGAGUGACCUUAGAAAACACAUUCGCACUCACACCGGUGAAAAACCAUUUGUAUGUAAAGAAGAUGGGUGUGCCAAAGCCUUUGCUGCUAGUCACCAUUUAAAAACCCAUCAUCGAACUCACACAGGAGAGAAACCAUUCUCGUGUCUUCAGGACGGAUGUGCUAAAGCUUUUACAACCAAUCACAGUCGAAAGUCACACAUGACCCGCCACGCCAAGGCGGACGGUGUGGAUGGAGAGCUGGAGACGGAAACACCAGGGGUCCAAGCUACAUCAUAUGACGAUGACAGUUACCAGAACCCAGACAGUAACAUCAGCACCAGUAUCGAGGACUUCCUCAACUCCAUCGCAAACGAUUACAACCACGACGAUGCCGCUAGAGCCACUGACACAUCAGACACUGCUGGUCUGACAAGUAUGCAUGUGGAGGGGAACACAGUCCUUGGGACAGUAGAGCAACGAACCAUGAUAGUGGCAGGGGACACAGGAGACCAGUCACAACAGGUGUACAGUGUGCAGCCCAUUAUCAGUCUGCCCCAGCCCCUAGCUCACGACUCUUUACAAGCUACAGAUGAGGCUCCUGUGCCUGUCAUAGCCAUACCAGACACAAACCCGGUCAAUACUCCAGUACAGACCGUUGAAGCCAUUCCAAUCACAGGUGCUGGUAACAUCUCUAUGAUACAGGCUGACAAGGACUCGCCAGUGGUACAAGUGUUUAUACCCGCCACUGACAGCAGUACUACACCCUCCACUACAGAGUCUGUGCCAAAGGCCGAUAACUCCCAGCAAUCUGUGACUGUACAACAUUACCUCAUCACAAAGGUAAUAGCCAACACACCCGAUGGGCCACGGCUUCAGUCUGAGAGUGCACUUCAGUUGGUCGCUCCCUCUGUGGCAAACCUUGGCCAGUCUGUAGUCGGAGGUCCAGUGAUAGGAGUCCCAUCAAGAAAUGUAGUGCCUUCUGUUCGAGUGAUUACUAGCAAUGGAAAGGAGUCAGAUCAGCAAGCCAGAGUGGUACUGCCCCAAACCUCACAGAACAUCACUGUCCCAACCACACUCCCUCCUAUCACCAUUGUGUGUGACUGUAAGAAGGAACGUUCGGAGGAUGAUGAUGCCUACGAUAAACGUACAAGCUUUGCACCAGAUCAGGGAGCAGGAGGUUCCUACACAGCUAUACCAAUAACCAUAACCCCAGUGAACCCUAUUACUGUGGCACUGUCACCUGGAUCUAAGGAUAGCAAACAGUCAAGAAGUAAGGAAUCCACUCAAGUCAUAAUGGCAUCCGAUUUAAUAGACUCCAAUCAACUUACAGUAGCGUUACCAGUGGCAGUGUCUUCAUCAAGUUAGCGAAUAUGACUCACUUCACA